GGGGAAAAGAAACCCAGGCUGAGCUCAUUUAUCAUAAUUACUUUGCCUACUAAUAACAUAUGUAGCCUAAGUUUCUUUCUUUUUUUUAAGUGUGAUGAAGUCCAUUUUUAAAACGGGGUAAUUAAUAUUAGGUAACCAAAUUAUUUUAAAGGGGUUAAUCUUGGAUGAGACUUUAAUCUAUAAUCUGUAUAAAUAGAUUCCAAUAUCGAAAACGUAAAAUAAUAAUAACACACCUUUUGUUUGUUUUUCUUUCUUUCCUUUUUUUUUUUUUUACUUUAGUAUGGACACAAUGUGCCCCCUUUGCGUCAAAUUGACUUCCUCAUAUUAGUUCUGUGAAACCAAUGGUUUCUCAUCCGACUCGUGUUCUUGAACAGAAACGCAUUGAGCAGCCACUGCUCAGCUUCACUGAACGAUGGACGAACCAGAGGUAGUUCUGUCCCUGCAAGAAUUCAUUUCAUCUCUGGAUCAUGCUUCACUGCCUCGGAUUCUACGAGUCUGUUCAGGGGUCUACUUCCAAGGUUCAGUGUAUGAGCUGUCAGGGAGUGAGGUAUGCCUGUGCACUGGUGACCUCGUCAAGGUUAUUGGCCUGAAACUCCUAUCAGCAAGUUGCGUAGACAUUGCUACCAAUAGCACAUAUGAACUUCCAAUUGACCACGAAGGCCUGUUUAAGGUGGUGGCUGAUGACAUGCCGUACAGCUCGCUGGAGGAGAUGGUGGGCCUGUUACCUGUGGGGGUGGAUGCUGUCGGCUCCUUCUCCUUUAUCAGCCGUUCCGAGCUGACCAUCAACAACUUCACCGUGGCGCCAGGCCAGGAGCUGACCCUGCUGUCGUCCGAGCAGGGCUGCGUUCGUUGCAAGGUGACGGGGUCGGAGGGAUCGAAGGCUGAGAUACUCAUUCCCCUGAAGCACCUUGGCUCAUUCUACGAGUGUCAGAGCGAGCACGGUUACUCUCUGCGGGAGAUCCUUUCCUCCACUCGACUCCAAAGCCGCCGCUUCCGUUGCGUCAAGGCCAAGGCCUGCGGAGGCCCACUGGUGUUUUCACCUGUCUACCAGAUCGAGGCCAUUAUGCACAUGAGGAAAAACAUAGUGAACUUCCCCUCCAGCCUGGAGGUAGACGUGACCGACGUGACCGAAGAAUGCCAGAACUUGGAGUUCGUCAAGCCGCUCACUCUGGCGGAGGUGAGUGGCCAGCCGCCAGACGCCUUCCCCACCGUGGCCGAGGUCCUCGAGGCUCCGGAGGGCUCACAGCACUUCUUCAGCUGCGACUGGCACCCGCAGCUCCAGAAGGGUUGCCGCCUGGUGCUACACAGCCACGGGGACACCCGCAUGGUCCUGGCCUCCACGCCCAAGGGCCGCAAGACCCGGCAGUACUUCCUCAUCUCGGGUGGCUACGGCGGCCGCAUCCGACGUAAGGCCCGGGAGUUCAGUUCAGUGUACGAGCUAUUCGUGGCCUCGACCAGGACGAGCAGGCUGCAGGUUAGCGUGACACGGAACUACGAGGCGAUGGAGGAGGAGGGCCUGCCCGAGCUCAGUGUUGGGGAUCAGCUGGAGGUGCUCAAGUGCGAGGACGUGGAGCUACCUGGUAAGGGAGGUGGGAACAAGCAGAGGGUGGGGGCACUUGUGUGUAAGCGCACAGUGGAGGAGGAUGAUGAUGAUGAUGAUGAUGACGAUGAUGAAGGAGAUGAGGAAAGAGAGGGGAAGAGCAGGGAGGACACCAUCUGUUUGCCAAUGUACAUGGACGCCCAGUUUGUGGAGAUCAUCUCGGACAAGAAGAAGUACAGCCUGGCCGAGCUUGGUAAGGAUUCCUUGAUGCCGCUGGACGUCAAGGUGGCCGCACGGGACACUGACCUGGAGAAGGACCCUUUGCCCGGGCUGCCUGUCCUGAGGUUGGAGGAGGUUUCUGUGGAACCCACCAUCCGUGUCAGCCUGCUAAAGAAACCAGAGUGGUGCUUCGAGCUGCCCACUCGAUGGCUGCACAUGUCCGUGUCCUUCACUUCAGAGGCCCUGCCCUGGCCGAAGGGUCAGCCCCCGAAACUCCGCCAGGAGACGGUCACAGAGGUCAAGGAGCAUUUCUACUAUGAGUUCCGCAAGCUCACCAACGUGCAGGCUACGCCGCCCCCCCGACCGCCCAAGAAACAGAUGUCUACGGUAAAGCCGAAAAGGCUAGCCAAAUCGGCCCCGGGCAAGUCCACUGUCACAGCAAAUAGCAGAAGCCUGCCCGAUAGCUUCUGCCAACUAUCAACGUGCAGUGAAAAAAGAAGCCCUCCACCACCUCCCCCUACAAGCACUGAAGAUGAAGCCCCGCCAGUGAUUCCUAGAAAACCCUCCACACAGAGAGGAAGUAUCUCAGUACCAAACACCUACGUGAAGAGGCCUCAGAAAAAAAAGAAGGCCAAAGUUGUCACAGAAGCGACAGACAGCGACCAUGACUAUGAGAGCGUGGAGGACAUUGUGAGGAUAGCCCAAGAGAACAUCAUACAUUAUUGACCUACGGGAAGAACAUCCAGUGAGAUAGUCACAGUUGCUUCGGCAAGCACAAACAUCCCUCGUUUCCCACUUGUGUACAUGCAUAUACAACCAAGUGAACUGAAUACUCAGCCGAGACAUUAUGUUACAGCAAAACGCUGUAGGUCAACCUCAUGCCAGACAUGCUAGCAUGUUUUGUAAUAAAAAUGUGUAUGGUGUGAUGCAGUAGCAAUGUGUAGCAUAUUCUGUACAAAACAAGAUUUGGAGCAAGACUGAAAUUUGUAUAUACAUAUUUAAGAAAAGAUAUUUUAAUCCUUUUAACAGACAAAGGAGAACAUUUACAGACAUUUCACCAAGUAUUGUAUGAGUAAUGUGUCAUUUUGCUUACAUCAUAAAACAACUUAUACCCUA